AUGGCAGCCGUACCCGAUCCCGUCACUGAGAAGCAACAGAUCCUCUCCAAUGAGCUCGAGAGUGGUGCGAGCUCUCCACCUGAGUUCCAUGAUGACCUGCCCGACCCAGAUGCUGGCAAGAGCGCUGAGGAGCGCGCCCGCCUUGACAAGGCCCUGGUGCGAAAGAUCGAUCUGUGGCUCGUCCCAUGGCUCUCGCUCUUGUAUCUGUUGUCGUUCCUAGACCGAACCAAUAUCGGAAAUGCAAAGACGGCCAAACUAGAGCAGGGCAUCGGCAUGGUGGGCCGUGACUACAACAAUGCCUUGACCAUCUUCUUUAUUUCAUACGCGGGCGCUGAACCCGUCACCAACAUUCUCCUCAAGCGAUACUCGCCUCGUGUCUUCUUUACUUCCAUCAUCAUCGCCUGGGGUGCCAUCAUGACCGUCAUGGGUUGCGUCGAGAACCAGGCUGGACUCCUUGCGUGUCGCUGGUUCCUCGGUCUCACCGAGGCGGGUCUGUUCCCGGGUGUCAACUAUUAUCUCUCUUGCUGGUACAAGCGCCAAGAGCUUGGUUUCCGUGCUGCCCUCUUCUUCUCUGCCGCUGCCUUGGCCGGAUCUUUUGGUGGUCUCCUCGCCGCCGCCAUCAUCCAGAUGGAAGGUGUUGGUGGAUAUGAGGGAUGGCGCUGGAUUUUCAUCCUCGAGGGUCUCAUGACUGUUUUUGUCGGUCUCUUCUGUUGGAAGAUGGUUUUCAACUUCCCCGACACUGCAGGUUUCCUCACUCCCGAGGAAAGGCUGCGUGCCCAGCGUCGUCUCACAGCUGACAACCAGACGCGUGCCGAGGAAGAGAAGAUCAGCCGCAAGUAUGUGUUUCAGGCUAUCAAGGAUUGGAAGACGUGGGUGUUCGCCCUGCAGUAUAUGGGUUGCCUAUGCCCGCUGUACUCGUUCUCGCUCUUUUUGCCGACCAUUCUCCAAGACGGCAUGGGCUACAAGGGAACGCACCUUCAGCUCAUGUCCGUGCCACCGUAUGCCGUUGCUGCAGCCAUGACCGUCUUCGUUGGAUGGUUUGCGGACCGCACCAAGUAUCGUGGCUACGCCAACAUGGCCGUCGCUUUGAUGGGCUGUGUCGGUUUCGCCAUGCUGCUCGCUAGCAAGAACCCGCACGUGCAGUACGCCGGAACUUUCCUCGGUGCUGCUGGCAUCUAUCCCACUGUCCCCAACACGCUGACCUGGGCGUCCAACAACGUCGAGGGUUCGCUCAAGCGCGGCGUCAUGGUCGGCAUAGUCGUUGGCUGGGGUAAUAUGAAUGGUGUCGUCUCCUCGAACAUCUACAUGUCGCCGCAGAAGCCGCGAUACUGGACCGGCCACGGCACCGUUCUCGGCUACAUGUUCGUGUGUUUAUUCGGCGGAAGCGUCAUCACGCAUGUCUUGUUGAGGCGCGAGAACCACAUGCGCAAAACGGGAAGGCGCGACUACCUGGUCGAGGGAAAGAGCGAGCAGGAGAUCAGGGAUCUGGGCGACGUGCGCCCGGACUUUAUCUACACAACAUAG